AUGCGCGACGACGACGAGCAGCGGCACAGCGGCCUGGCCCGGCGCAAGGAGGCCCGGCAGGUAAAGUGCUACGCCGAGCUGGACGGGCACGACGGCGCGAUUUACUCGACGCAGUAUUCGCCAGACGGCGGGAUGAUAGCCAGCGCGUCGUUUGACAAGACCCUGCGGAUCUGGGAUGUGGGCGAGCAGAAGGCCCUGGCGGUUCUCGAGGGCCACGUGCAGAGCGUGUUUGACGUGGCGUGGCGGUUCGACUCGCAGGCAGUGGUGUCGGCGUCGUUUGAUCGCUCCUGCAUCGAGUGGGACUUGGAGAGCCGUGCGCCGCGCGCGCACAUGCCGUGCAACGGGCUGGUGCAGUGUGCCCGAUACUCGACACAUAACCCCAAUGUUGUCUAUGCCGGCGACUCGUCGGGGUUCAUCUCGAUCCUCGACACAAGGACGCCGACGGUGGCCACCAAGCUGUCCAACGACGGGGCUAUGGUCAACACGAUCUACUGCUUCAACGACGAGACGCGGUUGGUGUCAGGUGACCGCAACGGCGAGAUCAAAAUGUGGGACGUGCGGAUCGGCAAGUUCAUGCGACUGAAGCUCGAGGGGCACUCGGACCGCGUCUAUGCUGUGGCGACGCACCCUGCAGAAAUCAAGGCCUGCACGGCGGGCGCCGACAGCACUAUCCGUCUGUGGCAUAUCCCGUCUGGUGGGCGCCUGCUCAAAGACGGAUACUGA